UCGCCCGCCAGUCACCCCUGUCUGUCUGUCAUCCCUCAGGGAAUGGCCCCACGAGCCGGGGUCCCCAGGCCCUGGUUGCAGGCCGCGCCCCGAGGACCCUGAGAGGCGCCGCGGGUGCGCGCCCAGUGCGGCCUCCGGAGGGAACCUCCUGAGGAAACAGUAGAGAAUGUCUUUUCGUGGAAGAGGAGGUGGAGGAGGAAGAGGAGGUGGCUUCAACCGUGGAGGUGGUGGUGGUGACAGAGGUGGCUUUAACCGUGGCGGACGAGGUGGCUUUGGACGGGGAGGUGGAAGAGGAGGCUUCAACAGAGGAGGAUAUGACCAGGGCCCUCCAGAAAGAGUAGUUUUUUUGGGAGAGUUCAUGCAUCCCUGUGAAGAUGAUAUAGUUUGUAAAUGUAAAACAGAAGAAAACAAGGUGCCUUAUUUCAAUGCCCCGGUGUACCUGGAAAAUAAGGAGCAGAUUGGCAAAGUGGAUGAAAUAUUUGGACAGCUGAGAGACUUUUAUUUUUCAGUGAAACUGUCCGAGAACAUGAAAGCCUCUUCAUUUAAAAAAAUGCAAAAGUUUUACAUUGAUCCAGCAAAGCUGCUACCUCUUCAGAGAUUUUUGCCAAGGCCCCCAGGAGAAAAAGGUGCUCCCAGAGGAGGUGGUAGAGGAGGACGUGGUGGUGGACGUGGGGGAGGAAGAGGCGGUGGUAGAGGAGGAUUUGGAGGAGGCAGAGGUGGAGGAAGAGGAGGAGGAUUCAGAGGAGGUAGAGGAGGAGGAUUCAGAGGAGGAAGAGGUGGUGGAGGAGGCUUUCGGGGAAGAGGACAUUAAAUGUGGAGCCAUGAGUAUCUCCUUCCUCAUUGUCUUAUCAUGUCAUCUGCAGAAGCAAAGAACCAUGAAAAAUUUUUAUAAAGGACCCUGGAAAUCUUUUUAUAAAGAACUUGAAGCUACAAAUGACAGUUACUUUUACACUUAAUGACUAUUGGACACAUGAGGAGAGUGUAGCCACAGGUGAAGAGCUGAAGACUGCUCAGGAUAUGUGUAAACUUUUCUAACUAAGCCACCAUUUGCUAUUAUUCUUAAACUGCUUGUGUCUGACAAGCAGUGCAGUCAGUGCUUAACUCCAUGUUGGAGUUUGGAGUAAACAGUCAGUUGAAAUGGGUUUUCCAAAGACCCUGCAGGUUCACUGCAUGCACAUACUUCAGUGUGAACCUGUGCAUGACUGAUCCCUGGUUCUCAUCCUCGGUUUGUAUUGAAUCUUCUGGGAUGCUCUGAAAUGGACAUGCCGUUUAAACAACCUUUGUGAAUCUUUUUUUAUAAAUUAAAUUUCAAACUUUUGUGUUGGUUAUUUUUUAAAUGCAUAAUAAUGUAUAAGAGAGAAGACAGCAAAGUAUAUUUUGUGAAUUUUCUGUAUAAAUAUUAAUGAAAGCCAAAUGCAUUAAGAACAUAGUCUUCUUAGAAACUGCUGUCUAAUGAACAAGACAAGGUUAAUACUACACUUCAGUCAUCUGAUGGUACCUAAUUACACUGAUAUUAAAAUGCUAAGGGUUUUUAAUGGGCCCUGCAUCCCCCCUUAGCCUGUUUCUCUUGAGGUUUUGGUGUUCUGGUACUGCACCUGAGGAUUGUUGGAAAGGUAGUGACUGUGUCUUCCUAAGGAUGGAUGAGACCAGGGUGUCUCUCUGCCCUGGAACUUUGGAAUUUAAAUAGGUGAAAAUAGAACUUCCCUGGAUUUCUUUCAGCUUGAGCCAGGAGUCUGUUCACAGACUCUCCUACCAAGCACUUCUGAAAGGGGCCUGUAGAGUAAUUGUGCAAGUAUUUUGAACAUCUUGUUCAGUGUGAAAAAGGUUCCUUUCAGAACUGAUUGCACCGUUACACUUCUUAAUUGGUGAAUGCAGUAACAGGCAGUUUAAUUAUGUUAGCCUUCUGCUUAAUAAAGGCAACAGGUAAUUUUUCAGUACCAGGAUAGGACACUGCAUGUUUUAACAAAUGUGACCAUUUGUUAAUGUUGAACAAAACUUGAAAGAAUGGAAAAACAAAUGGUAUAGAAUUCAUUUAAACAUGAAUAGAUGCUGCAAAGGAUAAUAGAUAAAAAUGUUUUUCAGUUUAAAAAACCAAAACACAGAACAAUGAUUUUCUGCUAGGUCUGCUUUUGUGAGAAGAAGCUGAGUCUACUCUUAACCCCAGGAAAUGAGGGAUUCCAGGUGUUUUUUUUUCCUGGUAUUGCUACAAGCCUAGCUUUAGCCAGGUCAGUUAAAUCCAGAGCUGUGAGAAUGAUUAGGCUUUUGUUGCUAUACAGUGCUAGGCCUAAGUGUGUCAGAGCUUUGACUCGAGGCUUUGUAAAAUUGUCUUUUAUCUAAAUUCUUUGCAAGUAAAUGCAUUUUGGGCAUUCCACGUUGCAGCUGAACAAGAGAAGCCAAGUACAGCUGCAGUGUCAGGACUUCUGUCAUGUCUGCAGCUGUACUGUGCAGGGUUUCUUCACUGAUGCUUCAAUAGCAGACAGCUGGCUCAGAUCUUCUUUCCUUAUUGUUCUGACUUUAGACGACUAACAUAAGACAGUCCUCACUCUUAUACCCAAAUUCAUGCUGCUCUUCAGGGACAUGGUUUUUCCCAGGGUCUCAGAAAGCUCCUGCCAUGACCUGUGAAGUGCAGGGUGUGACAGGCAGUGUUUGGCUGCAGGCAGUGUUGCCUGGCAGCCCAGGAGCAGAUGUGUGCUGAGUCUCUCAGCAGAUGGAGCAGUGAGUCAGCCUGAGGCAUUGCAAGGGCAAAGCAAAGGCUUUGACCUCUGUAUGCAGAGGGGCUAAACGGCAAUAUCCAUUGCAGCUCUGGAGGAAAGAUUGGCCUCUUGAUUACAGGGAAGGGAUUGUGGUCCCAAUAGAGAAAUGCAUGAGGAGCAUUAUGGCAUGGCCUACAUAUACUAAUAAUGCUGGAUGGAUUUUAUGCAAAUAUCCAGAGAAAAUUUAUAAUCUUAGAUCUCCACAAAGGUUCUAGGAUGUUCCUAGGAUGGAAAAAUCAUAUGAGGAAACUGGAUAUGUCUUCCAUAUGCUGGUGCCUUUUUUUCCUUCUCCAUUCUGGGGAAGGGGGUUAUUUGCAAGGCACAUUCAGUCCCUGUUCUGCAUUGUCUUCUCUGUGUCAUGGUGUGAGCCUGCCCUCCUAAUAUAAGUAAGAUGCUAACAAUAAUAGAUCAAAAUGCAGUCUCAAAGAAAUUAAGACAUCUUAUUUGCAGUGUAAUGCUGUAACAAAUUAAGACAGAGGUCCCCUAAUUUUAUAUGACACUUUUCUGUCAGUCUUGAGCUUCUAGUUCAAAUUCUAGCUGUGAGUCUGUUACAUUUGCUCCUGGUCCUAGUAAGUGAAAUGUUCAGGUUUUAUUUAUAUCCGUAAUUACAGAUGCUCUGUGCUGCUGCUGCAGAGAAUAGGCGAGGGGCUCACAUGUACUGUGACAGAAAUGGCAAAUUUCAAGGAGUUGUAGUGUCUGGGGAAGAAAAGUCACAGUGCAGUCUGAAGUGAGGGGAGUUGGGGGUAAGGUGUUCGUGUAAGAUCUGGAUGACAGUUUGGUGUUCCCUGUAUUCAUUCCCCUUUCUCUGGUAGCUUCUGCUUUGGAGCACAUAGCUGGGCUAUCUAAAUAGCUUCUCACCUGCCACCUGCUCCAGCAGCACAAGGGGAGUUGCUGUCCUGGAAAUUCCGUUGAAGCUCACGUGGAUUUCAGAGCAGCUCAGUAUGCAGCAGUAGUGCUGUCACCUACCCAUGUCCUCCUCCACUGCCAUGGCAGUGUUUGACCCAGUGUAGGGUCAGACUUCCAGCUGAUUGUGAAACUGACACCUGGUGUAUCACCAGGAUUAGAUUGCUAACAAGUAGAAGACCUGGUACCUUUUGUCCAUGCCAUAGCAAAAUUGUGGGGGUAUUUUUUUUGUAUUUGGGAUCUAAAUCCUUAAACAGAGGGUACCACAUGGAGGUGUAUUAUAAAGCUUAAAUCGUUAGCAAUUGAAAACGGCUUUACUGCCCCUGCAUUCCUUGCAGAGUUGUUUAUUUUCCCUGUGUUUUCUGCAGAUGCUGGGAUAGGGUGGCUCAAUGUAGUUCACAGAUUUGCUAUGUCACUUAGAAAAAUUUGAUGAAGUGCAGAAAAUAAUUGGGAUAUUUAUGUGUAAGUCUGCAACAUUGGCAGUUGUAGAACAGGAAGGAUUUUCUCUGGCACUGACUUGUAUAUGUGGAUGUUUGCCUGAAGAAAUGCUGGACUAUCACACAUGUACUGGUGUGAAGUAAUUUUCAGUUGUGUAAAGCAUUGUCUUGGAAAGAAACAAUAUUGUUUAUUAAAAAAAAGCAUAGCUAUUGUGUGAUGUGUGGCAAGUAAAAA